AUGACCAAGACUAAGCCCUCCUCUUCCACUACGAACCCAAAACACAAACCAUUUCAAGUCUCCAACAGGAACUUUAAUGAAAGAGCAUUGUUGUUCAAGAAUGUCAGCACCAGGAGACUAUUGUCAAAGGUUCAAAGUAACACUGAAACACCAAUCAAGAAACUGCAUUUAAAACGUCGUUGUGAAGAUGCAACUUCAGGUAACAUGCCGUCUUUGACUUCCGAUGACUCCAGAAGAAAGAAAGUAAAAACUACAUUAGGUAAUUUCCGUGCUCUCUGUGGAAAACUCGGUAACGAAUUUACCGGUGACGCGCUUCCUAUCAAAGUGUCAGGGAUUCUAAGACAAAGAGGCAAAUUCAUUCACGAUGGAAAAAAAAUUAUCGGAAAAGUCUCUGGAAUUGAAGUGGGUGACAAGUUUCUUUAUUGGCAAGAACUCAAUGUUGUUGGUCUUCAUCGUCAGAAUUUAAGUCUCAUUGAUCACGUGUUAAAGAAUCAGAAUUUGAUUGCAACUAGCGUUGUUUCUUGUCAUUUUGAUGAUAUGGAUGAUACAAACGUGUUCGUUUAUACAGGGGAAGGAAGUAAAGUUAGUAAUUUUGGGAAACUUGCUCUGAUGAAUAGUUAUCAUGUUAAGAAUCCCAUUAGAGUUAUUAUAAAUUUUAAUUCAAAGAACGGUGGUGAUGGUGAGGUGUAUUGUUACUAUGGUCUUUAUAAAGUUGAAUCAAUUUGGAAAAAAAAAAAAGGGAAAUUAGAUUUUAAAUUUUGUUUGCUUAGAUUGCCGGAUCAGAAAUCUUUUGUUAAAGAUAUUUCCAAUGGAAAAGAAGCUAUUCCUAUAUGUGUGGUUAAUCAUAUAGAUUCCGGCAAGGUUCCAUAUUUUCAAUACAUUACUCGUAACAUUUACCCUGAAUGUGUUUUCAAUGAUUCCUCUGUUGGGCAUAAAUGUGCUGAUCAAUGUUCUGAUUCAUUGAAAUGUUCCUGUGCUCUUAAGAGUGGAGGUAAAAUUACUAGAGUAAAGAAAAAUGAGAUUAAAUUUAAGCUUCAAAUUUUCAAAACUAAGGCGAAAGGAUGGGGUGUAAGGUCAGAGAAUGCAAUUCCUUCUGGAAAUUUUAUUUGUGAGUAUAUAGGUGAGAUUAUUGAAGAUGAGGAAGCUUUGAAGAUAGUUGAUGAUGAUGAUUCAAGGGAAGAGGAUUCAUAUAUGGUUGAUAGUAAGGAGAUGAGUUCAUAUCAACCCGUAGAAGCUUCAGGCAGUAAAGAGGUCAUUGAUGAUCGAUGUGAUAGUGGUAGGUUUAACAUUGAUGCCGCUAAGUAUGGUAACGUGGGAAGGUUUAUCAACCAUAGUUGCUCUCCCAAUUUGUUUGCUCGAAAUGUUCUUUACGAUGAUGAUGUUCCAAGGAUUCCACAUAUCAUGCUGUAUGCAGCUGAGAACAUUCCGAGCAUGAAAGAGCUGACUUUAGAUUACAAUUACAAGAUCAAUCAAGUGACUGAUUCAAAUGGAAAUUUAAAGACGAAAGUAUGUUAUUGUGAAGCUUCUGCAUGCAUCCAUCGACUGUAUUGA